UUGACCUGGACACCGAGAAAAGACCAGCGAUAGUAUAAGAGCGUCAAGGAGACGGAAGAAUAAAUACGAAAGAAGAAAGCCAGAUUAGACGAAAGAAAGUUCCAGCCACCACCGUCCCCCUUCUCUCUCCGCUACGAUCCAAUCCCAUCCAUCCCCUUCCUUCCGAUGACUCUCCGCCUCCUUUUGAUCCGAUGUGACUCCUCCCAUCCCUCCCCUCCCCUCCCCUAAAUUAUUAUCACCGUCUAUCGUGACAAACCCGAUAGCGAUCCCAUUCCAAUUCCAUCUCCUUUUAUUCGCCCCCUCCCCCGAUCCUUUUUUUCCCUAACCUUAACCCUUAUUCCGAUUUCCGAACCCCAACCCUCGCUGUUCUUCUUCUUCUUCUUCUCCAUGGCCGACGCGUCGCCAAAGUUCAGGACGCCGGACCUCCUCCCCGCGGCGCCCGCUGGCGAGCUCAGGGUCUCCCAUGACGGCCUCGACUUCUGGCAGUUCAUGGUCGCCGGGUCCGUUGCCGGCAUCGUCGAGCACACCGCGAUGUUCCCCGUCGACACACUCAAGACACGGAUGCAGGCUGGCUCCCCGCCCUGCCAACCCCGCGUCGGCCUUCGCCAGGUUUUCCGCUCCGUCCUCCGCCACGAGGGUCCCCUCGGCCUCUACCGCGGCCUCGCCGCCAUGGGCCUCGGUGCCGGCCCCGCCCACGCCGUCUACUUCUCCGUCUACGAGGUCUCGAAGGAGCUCCUUUCCCAGGGGAACCCCAACAACCCGGUCGCCCAUGCCUCGUCGGGAGUGGUCGCUACUGUGGCCAGUGAUGCGGUGUUCACGCCCAUGGACACGGUGAAGCAGAGGCUGCAGCUCAAGAGUAGUCCGUACAAAGGACUCGCCGACUGCGUCGGGAGGGUGCUGAGGGAGGAGGGGAUCAGGGCGUUUUAUGCUUCGUAUCGGACCACGGUGCUGAUGAACGCCCCCUUCACGGCGGUCCACUUUGCGACCUAUGAGGCGGCGAAGAGGGGGCUGACGGAGGUCUCUCCGGAUAGCGCGAAUGAUGAGCAGCUUGUCGUGCAUGCCACAGCUGGGGCUGCUGCGGGAGCCUUGGCGGCGGUAGUUACCACGCCACUCGAUGUGGUCAAGACCCAGCUGCAGUGCCAGGAAUUUUGCUGGAGUGCCUGCCUGCCUCGCAGCAUAUGAUGGCCAAAGGACCUUUCGAGUGUGGUGGUUAUGAUCUCAGUUUUCCAAGAAUUCCAUCUUCUAGUGGUGCUGCCCCGCAAAUUCUGAGGGACAGGUCAUGCCUACAGAUCCAGAUGUAAGCAGCUUGUUUUGUUAAUACAUUGCUUGAAAGACCCAGAUGUAAGCAGAUAUUAGCCACCAUGACUCAAAUUAUUGAAAAUAUGUCAGUUAUGCCUGUCUAUUGGUGUUAGUACUGCAUGGUUGGGGAAAGGUUCUCCCAGUUAACCACAUGAUUCUUCAGAGGGUUCUGUAUCUUGUUUACCCCUGUAAAGCUGUAAUAGGUAAACUCUGACCGGUCAGUCUGUCCAAACUCCAAACCAACAUCUGUCGAAGAUCCAGAGUCCAGGUGACACACAUGAUCAGCCCCAAAAUCAGCCCAAGUUUCGUGGUUA